GCGGUGGACUCCAGCGGGGAGGCCGCAUUCCACAGCUGCCCCCACUUUCUGGAAGGGGGGGUUGGACUCUUGAGGGUGGGUGGGGGCUCCCGGCCUCCUGUCGCGGAGUGGGGAGACCCCAGACUUGAUCCCGCCUGACUGCUCCUUGGAGUUCGGGUCGGGGGGAGACUUUCCUCAACUCCUCAGACCCCUCUCUAGCCCGGGCUGAGUCCCAGCCCUCAACUCUCCCCAGCCCACUAAAAGGGAGGGGUCUCCCGGCCGGAGUGAUCGCUCAGGGAGUGCUGGGGAGAAUGAGGGGUUCCCUUUUCCCACAGCCACAGACGCAUUUCUCAAAAUGGAGCCUCCACUUGCCCCUCCUUCUCUCUCGGCUCCAGGAGCGGGAGCCGGCUGGCUGGGCCUGGCCUUCCAGACGCCUGGCUCUGGCUCCCUGGGUGUCUGGCUCUCAGGGCCCAGCUUUAUGGCACUCUGGAUUUAGGGCCCCUUGGCUUGGUGGGCUGCAGGAGCCCUGGCUCACUGGGUCUGCCUGCCUGUCUCUCCUUGUCUGCCUGACCCUCUAGGCCCCUCUGAGUCUUUGUCUCUUGUCUUUUGGGUCCCUGUCUUUCUCUGAGUCUGUCUGUCUCCUCCCUUCAGUUUUCACUCUCUGUGCUCACUGAAGUGGGGAAAUGCAGACAGAAAUGCCCCUAAGAAGUCCCUUCCCCACUGUUCUCUCCAUGCCCUGGAGUGGCCGUGGAGAGGGGAGAGGAGGGGGUUCUCUAUCUGCUUUGCGCUGCUCUGGCUGGGGUUUGUGGGUGGUCUCAGCUCCCAGCCCUGCAGAGGGGCCUGUGACUGCUCCCUGCACACCACUCACCCCUUCCCCUAGCUCCCAGCAACUCCUGCCUUAGUCUGGACACUUUCCUGGUGCUGCCUGGCUUUCGACUUGCGAGAGGAGGAGGGGGGUGGACUUAAUGGAGCACAAACAAGAAUGAAGGGGAACAGAUCAGGCAAAGGAAUCAGAUGAUGUGUGUCUCACCUCUCCCCACACAACAGAGAGUGAGGAAAAACAGGCUCCCACUCACCCGCUGGCCUGCACACCCCCAGGCUCCCACCCACUCCCACAUGUGUGCACACUUCUCUGUACACACUUGUACACACUCACCUUCCUAGCCACACACUCGUGGAAAGUACACACAUAGGAAUUCACACAUAAACUCAUGUUGACGUGAAUGUGCUGAUGCCUCUAUCCAAACAUAUUUUCUCCUAUGUUCACAUUACCACAUGUUACAUGUAUAUGCAUUUGUAACUAUCAUAUUCUUUCUAGUAACCACCCCGUUUACCCACGUUCUUUUGUAAGAUACACACAUACGAAUUCACACGUGUUCAUGUAUAUAUGAAUGUACUGAUACAUCUGUUCAAACAUACAUACACUCAUACACGUUUAUGAUGUUUUCCAACAUUUUAGUAUGCACACAGUGUUCAUUUUCAUGCUACUGUGCAUUUAGUCACGCACAAUAAGUACAUGCACACACUCCUACUCCCCUGCAGUUCUCUGUCCACUUCUUGGCCCCUACUCUGCUUGAUGACUUCAGCAGAUGCCUAAGUCCUGGUCAUCAGCAGCCUCAGGACUGGGGAGGGAGUUCCGGGUGGAGGCUUGCUGUCCCCUUCCAGGAAGGAGCAGGGCCUGGAGAGUGGAGCCCUCUUCCCUGGGCUCCGGGUAAGUGAGGUCUUGGAGCAGCUGCUGGAGGUGGGGUUUCCACCUUCAUCUCUUCAGGCUUACUUUGGGGACCAUCUAAAGCUGGAAGGUGUCAUAGAGGUUGGCAGUGGGGCAGGGCCUGUGUAGGCUCAUUUAGGCCCGACUGAUUGGAUGUGGAGAGGCUAGGAGUUGUCAUGGAAACAAGCAUCCACCUCUAGGAAGCGGGAGACCCCAGAGGGCACCGGUGGACUCCCUAAGAGCUGUGGGUUUCUUGUUUGGCCAGAUGUACCCUUGCCGCCUCUCUGUCUGGGAGAAACUGAGGCCCAGUAGGGGAAGGCAGGGCACUGCCCAGCCUUGGCUCUUUGUUCCCUAAUUACCAUCUGAGUUACUGAUUGCAUCCCUGAGGUUGCCUCUGUCUAAACUGCCCUGUAAUGAGGCCACCUGUCCCAGAGGACCAGGGACCUGUGCCAGGAGCUGGUAGAGAGGGCUCCCUCCCUAACCUGAGUCCUGUCCUCUUUGGACUAGGCUUGGGCCUGGGCCUCUGCUGCCAAGGGGCCCUGCAUAACCCCCCAGGCCUCCCACUGCUGUCAUCUCUGCUCAGUGGGCUCAGUGCUCAGUCCUGUUCAGACCAGAGUUGGGCAGUGGUCUAGGGCCCAGAGAGAACUAAAGUUCAUGCCAGUGCUUGGAGGGGGAAUCUUGAGCAGGAUCAGGGCUUGUUACUGAUGGCAGGGUGGUAUUUGGCCUGGAUCAAGGGGUCAAGACAGGGACUCGGGCCGGGCCUUGUAUAGGAAGGGGGCUCCAGGUGGAGGGACUCUGAUACCAGUGCCCUGCUCACAGGUUGCCUUGGAGGCCCCUGGCCAGGCCUGAGCCUCUGCUGCCAUGGCCAUUGUGCAGACUCUGCCAGUGCCACUGGAACCCGCUCCUGAAGCUGCCACUGCCCCGAAAGCUCCAGCCAUGGGCAGUGUGAGCAGCCUCAUCUCAGGCCGGCCCUGCCCUGGGGGGCCAGCUCCUCCCCGCCACCAAGGCCCGCCUGGGCCCACCUUCUUCCGCCAGCAGGAUGGGCUGCUUCGGGGUGGCUAUGAGGCACAAGAGCCACUGUGCCCAGCUGUGCCCCCCAGGAAGGCUGUCCCGGGUACUACCUUCACCUACAUCAAUGAGGACUUCCGGACAGAGUCACCUCCCAGCCCAAGCAGUGAUGUGGAAGAUGCCCGAGAGCAACGGGCACACAACGCCCACCUCCGUGGCCCCCCACCAAAGCUCAUCCCUGUCUCUGGAAAGCUGGAGAAGAACAUGGAGAAAAUCCUGAUCCGCCCAACAGCCUUCAAGCCAGUGCUGCCCAAACCUCGAGGGGCACCAUCCCUACCUAGCUUCCUGGGUCCUCGGGCCACCGGGCUAUCUGGGAGCCAGGGCAGCCUAACGCAGCUGUUUGGGGGCCCUGCCUCCUCCUCCUCUUCCUCCUCUUCCUCCUCGGCUGCUGACAAACCCCUGGCAUUGAGUGGCUGGGCCAGUGGCUGUCCAUCAGGAACACUGUCCGACUCUGGCCGAAACUCACUGUCCAGCCUGCCCACCUACAGCACCGGGGGUGCUGAGCCAGCCGCCAACUCCCCAGGUGGGCACCUGCCCUCCCACGGCCCUGGGCGGGGGGCACAGCCCGGGCCAGCCUGCAGGGCCCCUACUGGGCCCUCCCACUCAGACAGUGGCCGCUCCUCCUCCAGCAAGAGCACAGGCUCCCUGGGGGGCCGCGUGGCUGGGGGGCUCUUGGGCAGUGGUCCCCGGGCCUCCCCUGACAGCAGCUCCUGUGGGGAGCGCUCCCCACCGCCCCCACCCCCACCACCCCCUUCGGACGAGGCCCUGCUGCACUGUGUCCUGGAAGGAAAGCUCCGUGACCGUGAGGCAGAGCUUCAGCAGCUGCGGGACAAUCUGGACGAGAGUGAGGCGUCCAUAUGCCAGGCGUACGAGGAGCGGCAGCGGCACUGGCAGCGAGAGCGCGAGGCCCUGCGAGAAGACUGUGCGGCCCAGGCGCAGCGGGCACAGCGGGCCCAGCAGCUGCUGCAGCUGCAGGUAUUCCAGCUGCAGCAGGAGAAGCGGCAGUUGCAGGAUGACUUUGCCCAGCUGCUGCAGGAGCGUGAGCAGCUGGAGCGACGCUGCGCCACCUUGGAGCGGGAGCAACGGGAGCUGGGGCCACGGCUGGAGGAGACCAAGUGGGAGGUGUGCCAGAAGUCAGGUGAGAUCUCCCUGCUGAAGCAGCAACUGAAGGAGUCUCAGGCAGAGCUGGUGCAGAAGGGCAGCGAGCUGGUGGCCCUGCGGGUGGCGCUACGGGAGGCCCGAGCUACGCUGCGGGAGCUGCAGCGGCACCGCCAGGAGGCCGAGCGGCUGCGGGAGAAAGCUGGGCAGCUGGAUGCUGAGGCGGCCGGACUCCGGGAACCCCCUGUGCCACCUGCCACCGCUGACCCAUUCCUCCUGGCGGAGAGUGAUGAGGCCAAGGUGCAGCGGGCGGCAGCAGGGGUUGGGGGCAGCCUGCGGGCCCAGGUGGAGCGGCUGCGGGUAGAGCUGCAGCAGGAGCGGCAGCGGGGCGAGGAGCAGCGGGACAGCUUUGAGGGGGAGAGGUUGGCCUGGCAGGCGGAGAAGGAGCAGGUGAUCCGAUACCAGAAGCAGCUGCAGCACAACUACAUCCAGAUGUACCGGCGCAACCGGCAGCUGGAGCAGGAGCUGCAGCAGCUCAGCCUGGAGCUGGAGGCCCGGGAGCUCGCCGACCUGGGGCUGGCCGAGCAGGCGCCCUGCAUCUGCCUGGAGGAGAUCACUGCCACUGAGAUCUAGGGCCCUCGCGCCCCGCUCUGCAGGGAGCUCUGCCGAAGACGGGCAGCAGCUGGCGUCCAUUCAGGCCCUGGAUCCACUGAGGCUCCCCAAGUCUGAGGGCCCCACAGCCACUCUUCCCCCAGGAUCUGCCAAGAGCUCAAGGUGGCCCUGUGACUUGGAGGAGCAAGAAUAGACCCUUCGAAGGUCCCUGUGUUCACUGUCACCCAAAGGCUCCUACUCACUCUACCCAUUUCGCUCCCCACUGCUGCCAGCGCCACCCUGCUCACCCAGACACCUCCAGCCCACUCCUGCCGGGGAGCUGGGAAGAGGAAGGGACGCCGUCAUCUCCACAUUCUCCCCAACCCCAAAGCCAGAGAGAGCCAGACGGCACCAGCUGCUCCAGAUGUGCCUACCCCCACCCUGCCCACAUUGGGGGACAGGGCUGGGACUUGGGUCUGGCCCCCAGGUUCCAGCUCUGCAGCCUCUCUCCUGGAGUGAGGGGGCUGAAGUCAGACCAAAGGAAGAACUCAGAAAUGUCUUGUUUAUUUGUUUGUGACCAAGCGGCCCCUCCCUUCACCCAGGUUUAUGGCCUCGUUUUCAUGUGUAUAUUUUUCACACUGUAAAUUCUUGUACAAACCCAAAGAAAACAUUAAAAAAAAUCUUUUUGUUUAAAAAAAA